AUGGCUACCUCUUCUUCACGCGGCGCUGGACGUUCCUGGACCAAAGAAGAGGUGAUCAAGCUCUUCCACAUGGUCUACGAGCGCAAACCGCUGUCCGCCAAGGCGGCGGCCGAGAUGCUGGGAAGGACGGAAAUGUCGUGCACGUUGAAGGUCGUCAACCUGCACAAGGUCAUCGAGGACCUGGUGGGCCAAUGGGCCGAAAGCGGCAGCGCAUCGACAAGCAUCAAGGUCAAGCCGAAGAAGAGGAAGAUCAAGAAGGACGAGUGA